GCUGCCCGGUGAGAGCAGAGGAAGAGGAGCCCUGGGCCAGUCGGACCAGAUCGUCAAGAUGGGGAACUGUGUUGACUGCCUGAGGAAUUUCUUUUGCGGGACAAAGAACACCAACGUCCGUUUCAGUCUGCCGGCCGUCUGCUUUAUCUGGCAGAUUGCUAUGAUCGUGCUGUUUGGAAUUUUCAUCCGCUAUGAUGAGGAGUCAGACACCCACUGGGCACAGCACAAAAAGGAAAACAACAUCACCAGUGACAUUGAAAAUGACUUCUAUUUCAGAUAUCCCAGCUUCCAGGACGUCCAUGUCAUGAUCUUCGUCGGCUUCGGUUUCCUUAUGACGUUCCUUAAAAAAUACAGCUUUGGCGCCGUCGGCUUCAACUUCCUGAUCGCCUCCUUCGGUUUGCAGUGGGCCCUUCUCAUGCAGGGCUGGUUCCACCACCUCGACCCAGUUACUGCAACAAUCUCCAUCGGAGUUGAGAGCCUGAUCAACGCCGACUUCUGCUGUGCCGGUUCUCUGAUCGCCUUCGGUGCCCUGCUGGGAAAAGUGAGCCCCGUCCAGAUGUUGCUUGUCACCUUGUUCGGCGUCACGCUGUUUGCUGUGGAGGAGUACAUCAUCCUCACCCUCCUUCAUUGCAGAGACGCUGGAGGCUCCAUGGUCAUCCACUGCUUUGGAGGCUACUAUGGUUUGGCCAUUUCCUGGGUCCUCUACCGACCCCACCUGCACGAAAGCAAACGCCUCAAUGGAUCCGUCUACCACUCGGAUAUGUUUGCUAUGAUCGGUACGCUGUUCCUGUGGAUGUUCUGGCCCAGUUUCAACUCGGCCAUCACGGACCACGGCGACGGGCAGCACAGAGCCGCCAUCAACACUUACCUCGCCCUCGCCUCCUCUGUGCUCACCACGGUGGCCAUUUCCAGCCUGUCUGACAAGAGAGGCAAACUAGACAUGGUCCACAUCCAGAAUGCCACUCUGGCUGGUGGAGUUGCAAUGGGGACAGCGGCAGAGUUCAUGAUCACUCCUUAUGGUUCGCUCAUCGUGGGUUUCUGCUGCGGCAUUAUCUCCACAUUCGGCUACCUGUUUGUCACGCCCUUCUUAGAGAAAUAUCUGAAACUCCAGGACACAUGUGGCGUCCACAACCUGCACGCUGUGCCAGGGAUGCUGGGCGGCUUCAUAGGAGCCAUCGUUGCUGCAUUUGCCAGUGAGGCUAUCUAUAGCAAAGAGGGGUUGAUCAGCACAUUUGACUUUGUAGGUGAAUUUGCAGACAGGACUCCUGCAACACAGGGAAGCUUCCAGGCGGCUGGCACAUGUGUAGCUAUUGCAUUUGGAAUUGUAGGAGGCGUGUGUGUCGGUCUCGUCCUGAGGUUGCCUAUCUGGGGCGAUCCCGCUGAUGACAACUGCUUUGACGAUGAAGUGUACUGGGAGGUCCCCGAGGAGGAGGAGUCCAUCCCGCCUGUUUUGGAGUACAACAACCACAUGAUACACAAGCACCAAGACAUAUCUGAGUCAAACUUCUCCGUGGAGCAAAGUUAGAGCGGCCCCGCAGGAGAUCGACCCUCUCAUGUCACCUUGAACUUGAUAUAACUGUGAAACAACAGAGAAAUGAAGGAGCAACCCUCAACAAUGAGCUAUUCAAAACUUAAAGUUAUAACCAAGCUGCAUAAAGCAGUGACCCAAAAUAUAUAGAAAAAAGAUCUGAAGAGCAAGUGCUGCUCUUGAAAUACAUUUUAAACUGGAAUUACUUUCUAAUUUAUUUUUAAAGAAGCUUUAUACACACUGAGUCAAUGCAGUGUGAUGAGAAGAUAAAGACAAGGUGUUUUUUUUUCUACAAGCCCAGUUAUAAUGCACCGAAGAACUGAGAGAUACUGUUAACGAGUUUGGAAACACAUAGGUGUCUACAUAAAAGUAAAUCCCUCUUUUUUAAGGACUAAACAACACUCGGAAGUCUCACCCUUCGAUUGAGAAUGUUAUCAUUCAUAAUGAUUGCAAAUGUAUUUCUUUUUAAAAAAAAUCAUAAAAACCCUUUAGAAAGCAAAGAUACUUGUGCUGCCAAACUAAGCAGUCUUUGAACUCUACUACCUAUUUCUUUCAAACUAUAUGUAUAGGUCUUUGUAAGUUGUAUAUACAAAUCCAAUCCACUUUUUGUUUGUUGCAUAAAUGACUUGUUAAAAUUGACGUUGUGAGUAACUGUAGUAACUCUAAUACAAUUGUUAACAGUUUGCUUGAUGUAGUGUUGAAUGUUACCUCUGAUACACUAUAUAUGAUUGUGUUUUACAAUCUGCUUAUUGUAUUGUAUACUUCUGUUUAGAGUAGCUGAUAAACUCAAAUAAGAAUAAAGCUCUUUUGUCCUUA